AUGGUAGCGGCAGUAGUGGCGGUGGCGGUGGCCGACGGCCAGGCGGCAGUGAAGGGCGAGGCGCUCGGCGGGUGGACAGUGGUGGACACGCGCGAGACGACGGAUCCGUACACCCGCGGGCUGAUGUGGGGCAAGGCUGGGCGGGAGGCGUAUUUUGCAGCAAGGACGACGUUUGAAGCGGUGACACUCGAGACGACGGGCAAGACGCUGGGCUUCUUUGAGGCCGCAGCGGUGGAGUUGUACAUGGACAAGAUCCCUGCCGAGCUCUUGGCGGAGAUCAAAGGCAUUGCCGACGGCAUCGGUGUGACUCCCGAAGAGAUUGUGGGCUGGAACUCGUACAUCGAGAUGACCGGCUCGUGGUGGCCGACACAGGCUCCGCAUCUCAACAUGCACAUGCGCAACUCGCACUGCUCGGCCUUUGUGGCCACAGGCUCGGCCACCGCAGACGGCGGCGUGGUCAUCGGCCACACCACCUUUUUGGAGUUUUGGUCCGGCCAGUACUUUACCUGGGUCUACAAGCUCGCAACCACAGCCGCCGCUGGUGAGAUUGUUAUGCAGACAAUGCCCGGCUACGUCGCCUCCAUGUCCGACUGGUGGCUGACUGGCGCCGGCCUCGCCGUCGUCGAGACGACCAUCGCCAACUUUUACGGCUACGACCCGUCCGGCAUGCCCGAGUGGGUCCGUGCCCGUCUCGCUGCCGAGAGCGCCGUCGACAUUGCCUCCUUUGUCGCUGCCCUCGACAACGGCAACAACGGUGGGUACGCCUCCAUGUGGCUCGUCGCCGACAUUAAGACCGGCGAGAUCGCCCGCUUCGAGCAGGGCCUCAAGUACACCUCGCUCGCCACCCUCACUGAUGGUGUCUUCACCGGAGCCAACGUCGCCGAGGACCCGCGCAUCCGCAAUCUCGAGUGCUUCGACUCGGGCUACUCGGACGUCCGCGCCAACACCGGCGCUCGCCGCGUCGUCUGGUCCAUGCUCGUCGACGAGCACUAUGGCAACAUCACCACUGCCCAGUACCUCUCCGACCCCACCGCGGUCUGGGCCGUCCCGUUCUUCCCGGCAGGAUCCACAGAUGCCAAGGUCGCCAACGCCACCGACAUUGCCGCCCUCGCCUUUCACGCCCGCACCGGCCGCGCCAACGGCUUCGCCUUUGACGCCGCAGCCUACUACGCCGACCAUCCGCAGUGGGCCUGGCUCGCCCCGCAUCUUCUCGAUCGCCCCUCGCAGCCAAUGGUGUACAUCGCGUAG